AUGGGACAAGCCGCUUCUGAUAAAUAUGCAAGUGAUAUAUUUAAGCCCAUUGUAACACCCUUGGAAAAAUUAUUAAAUCAAACAACAACAACAAGUGAUAUCAAGAAAGAAAUUAAAAAUGAACCUGAUAAUGAGUAUGUGAAAAAAGAACAAGCAAAAGAAGAAGAAGAUGAUUUUAAUGAAACUUGCUCACCAGCUGUCAAGAUGAGUAUUGAUAUUUUCGGACGACAAUCGAAGAAUAAAAAUUCAUUACAAAGUAUUCGAGGUCCUCCAGGUGAUGGUUUCAAACGAACAUCGGAUGGACAUUAUAAUAUAAAUAAUAAACGAUUGUGUAAUGUUGCUGAUGCAUUAGAAUCAAAUGAUGCAACAUCUGUUAAAAUUACUAAGACAAUUAUAAAAGAAGAAACACGAAUUUUAUAUCAAUUGAAUAAAUCUCUACGAGAUGAUGUUGAUAAUAAUAAUAUAAUAGCCAAUUCACUUCAGUCUCAAUUUCAAGAGUUCAUUAAAAAUUAUCGUCUUGAAUUUGAGACAACACAAAAAUCGUCAUUACGUAUUGUUUCCCUACACAAACCUGCUCGAAGAAAUUAUACUCGUCGUCAUGUUGACAUUAAAGGAUUGGAUGAAACUUGGCAAGCAGAUCUUGUUGAUAUGCAAGCUUAUACGUCUGUUAACCAAAACUAUAAAUACUUGCUCACAAUUAUUGAUAUAUUUUCAAAAUUUGCAUGGACUAUACCAAUAAAAUCAAAAACUGGAAAAGAUGUUACAGCAGCGAUGAAAUCUGUACUUGAUAAAGGACGUAUUCCAAAAAAUUUACAUGUUGAUCAAGGAAAAGAAUUUUACAACAAGGAAUUUGAAGGUCUUAUGCAAAAACAUAAGAUACAUAUGUACUCAACAUACAGCAAUCUCAUAGCAUCAGUUGUUGAACGCUUUAAUAGAACACUGAAGAAUAAAAUGUGGGAAAAAUUUACUUAUCAAGGAUCCUACAAGUGGUUAGAAAUUUUACCACAUCUGCUUGAAAAUUAUAAUAAUUCAAAACACAGAACAAUAAAGAUGAAACCAAUAGAUGUUACGAAAGGAAAUAAAAAACAACUAUUGAGAAAUGUUUAUAAAAAAUUUCAACAGAAUCGUGAUAUCAAAAAUAAAUUCAAGAUUGGUGAUAAAGUUCGAAUAAGUAAAUAUAAAACUGUUUUUGAAAAAGGUUAUACACCAAAUUUCACAACAGAAAUAUUUACAAUCAAGGAAGUGAAAUAUACAGAUCCAGUGACAUAUAAACUCAUAGAUUAUAAAAAUAAUCCAAUUGAAGGAGGAUUUUACGAAGAAGAGUUAACUAAAGUUAAAUAUCCUGAUAUUUAUUUAGUUGAAAAAAUCGUGAAAAAACGUGGCGAUAAGUUACAUGUAAAAUGGUUAGGUUUUGACGAUACACAUAAUAGUUGGAUAAAUAAAUCAGAUCUGUAA